AUGUUGCAGCUCCGCUCAUGUCCCCUUUUCCACGCCGCUCAGCCAAUGCUCAACUGCCAUCCCCUGUGCUACCAGCUCGUCAAUGUCACCUACAUGGCGCAAACUCAACCCUACGCGCUGCAGUUGUCCAGCAGCACAUCGCAGCAACUCACGUCCCGCUUGACGCUGCGCAUCAUGGACAUUGUCAAGGCCGCCCAGGCCCAGACAGCUAUCGAGGAUUGGCACAAAUCACACCCGGACCAAACCAUGCUCGAAUACGUGCAACACAUGUCCCAGUCUGUGGACCACAUUCAGAUUGGCCACGAGGCGGAUCAGCACCUGGGUUGUAUCUCCUUUGACUGGGAAGGGCGCCAGCGGGCCAGCUUUGGCUUUCAGAUCAACUGUCUUAGUACUACCUUUGUAUCUGGGCGAGGCGGACAGGCUGGUGUGACGCUGGCAUUGCGCGUUGACACGGCUCUCAAGGCCUCCGGCGUUCCCGUACACUCUUGUUUUUGUGCCAUCAAGGUCUUUGCUGGCAAGGGCAUCAUCCGCAAGCGUUUACAGUCAGAUCUGGCCAAGCUCACAAAGGCAGGUCUGGACAUUGCCAAGUAUGACGAGGUCGUAGUCUUCUCCGAAACUUCUGUACCGUCGAUACUGCCCGAACCCAUCACGCUACGCCCUCUAGCCCCGUCCGCGGUUCCUCCACAAACACUGGCAGCCACCUCCAGCCUAAAUACUGCCGCGCCCGUGAAUCCAAGCCUAUACCUACCGAGCAGCAACUCGACACAGGCCCACCCACGGCCACACGACGCAGCACAAGCUCUACCUACCGAAGUCGCCGGCGCUUCUGUUCCCGAUCAGCACUCAACCCCAUCGCUAGCGAUACCCUCCGGGAACUGGACCUUAAACUCGCCAUCACCACAGCCUCACAUGAUACCCGAGCGCCUUUUCGUCGGGGCAAACAAUAUCGCUGUCUCACCAAACCAGCAGUCAUCUUUACCUUCCAAUUCGACCGCGUUAGCAGCAUCAAACCAUUCGGCGCAAGCGCGCGAUCAAGGUGGCGAGCCCAUCCCGGGUGCUGGAAACCACAUGAUGCCUACAGCAGCACCCCUGGAUCAAAACUUGCAGGCCUUGAGCAUUGAUCAGGCCUCCCACUUAUUUCAGGACCUGGCAGAUAACGAUCUUCUUGAUCGGCUUUCGCUGGAUUCGCUCCGCUCGGGCCACACGUCUAGCCGUUCCGUGGGGCCGGCACCCGCACAUUCACCGUCCAAUAUGCAGUUGCCCCCUACCUCCAGCGUAUCCCUGAUGGCAGACGUGGCGGCAGCAUUGCCGCCGCCGCAGGAUCGCACCCACCGAGCACAGUCGUCACCCAUGCGUCCCAGUGACCCUGUGACGCUCACAGCACAGAGCACAACCGACGAUGUACAGCGGUGGCUUUUUCACAAUCACUUUCAUCACUUUUUACAUGACCUUGAACAUUAUGAUGGAUCUGUUUUAAUGGGUUUGGAUCAAAAAGAGUUGAUCACAAUUUGUGGUACGGCCGAAGGCAUUCGAAUGCAUUUUCUGCUGCACAAGAAGAAUUCGACACGGUAA